UUACCACACAUCCUGACCUCGCUCCAAUCAAUCGAACAUUCUCUGUGCGAAAACACUUUAAAUUAUUCACAAUAUUCUUCCUUACCACUGGAAUUGUUAAGUAGCCUGUUAAAUUGAUUGAAGUCCAUUCCAUUCUUCAAUAUAAAUAACACUUCUUGUGCAAAAUAUUGACCAUUGACCAUCACAGAAGAGUAUUAGAAUGCGUCCUUCGGAAAAGUUUGCAAAGGUUCUUCGAGUUGUAAGGCUCUGCUCUGCUGUUUGUGGGUGUGACAUAAUUAAUGAAAAGUAUAAAAUUAACAACAUAACAAGAGCGGUGAUAUUUUGCAUAACGGUUUAUUUUAUAUUUUCGGCCUAUACGGUUAAUCUUAAAAUAGCCGAAAAUUGGAGUGUUGUGUUGGAGGCUUUUUGUAUGGUUGGAAGUGUCUUGCAGGGAAUUUCAAAACUCACCAGCGGUAUUAUUUAUAAGAACUAUUUUCGAUUUGCUUCUAAGUUUCUUCGACAAGUCUAUUCGGAAUAUGAAAACAAAGGCGAGAGCUAUUUAAACAUCCUGGAUAAAUGUAUUUCGAGAACUCGUGCAGUUCUCAAAAGUGUCGCCGUAUUGUAUGCUGUUGUGGUGAUUUCACUUAUUUCGGUUCCGAUUGUGGUUUGGAUUUUCACGGGAAAACGGUUUUUUCCCAUGCAAUUCUUCAUCCCGUAUCUGGACACAAAUACAUUAUUGGGGUAUUUCGCGACAAUUGGAAUGCAAUCCGUUUGCCUGGUUUUUGGGGGAUUUGGGAAUUUCGCUGGGGAUAUGUUUUUAAUGGUGUUCUUUGGACAGGCCAAUAUGUUGGUUGAUAUUUUUAUGCUUAAGGGACUGGAACUUAGUGAGUUAGCUGUCGAUAGCAAAGACGAGAAGGUGCAGCAUAAGUUGAAUGAAGUCAUUGAAUGGCAUCAAACUUAUUCAAGAUAUAUCGAAAACCUUGAUGUUAUGUACUUUUGGAUAAACUUUACACAAAUCACAACAUCAGCAGUAUCAAUUGUUCUGACUCUGGCCAUUAUGUUUAUUGGGGAAUGGCCUGGAGCGUACGCCUACAUUUUGAUAUCCUUCACUAUGCUCUAUUUGUAUUGUGGCAUGGGAACUCUAGUCGAAUUAGCUAAUGAUAGAAUCAUUGAUGAAAUUUAUAAUAUUCACUGGUAUAUUUUGAAAGUGCCGCAACAAAAAUGCAUCCGUUACAUGCUGAUGAAAGCACAAUCACCCAAAGAAAUUAGCGUCGGUGGGGUUGCUCAACUUUCUGUUAGUACAGGAUUACAGGUUACGAAGACUGUGUACAGUGUUUUUAUGAUGCUUCUGAACUUUUUCGACGACAAAUAAGCAAACCUAUGGAAAUAUUUUCGGCGGAAAAAACAUUUUGUGAUCAUAAGAAAAGGAAGUGUAUAAUUAUGUUAAUGUGAAAAGAGAAACUGCUUUUUGUAACUUGAUUAAUUAAAUAGUUUG